AUGGGUAAUAAUUCAAGUCGACCUCCGCAAAUCGAUAAUUUACUUAAACUUGAUGGAUAUUUAUGGAACUAUCAAGGGGAAAUAUCACGGCGAUAUGCUGUUUAUUUGGAUUUUAUUAAAAAAAUUGAACAAUGCGGUGGAUGGGAAACGUUUACGACAGGAUAUCGCGAAUUUGGAAUGCAUGUGAUGCCAGAUAAUUCGGUUCGAUGUUUAGAAUGGGCGCCUGGAGCUGAAGCACUUUCACUCGUUGGCGAUUUUAACAAUUGGAAUGAUCAGGCCAAUCCGUACAAAAAACUCGAAUAUGGUAAAUGGGAAUUGGUAAUUCCAGCCAAUAAAGAUGGAAAUUGUGCAAUCAAACAUGAAUCAAUCGUUAAGGUAGCAGUUAAAAAGCAUGAUCACUAUAGAAAUAAACUUUCUCCUUGGGCACGUUAUGUUACAAGACCGAAAGAAACUUUCACUUAUCAUCAAGUAUUUUAUAAUCCUCCAGCAUCUCAAGUUUAUCAACAGAAGCAUCCAAAACCACCGAAACCUGUCGAUAUGAGAAUAUAUGAGGCUCAUGUUGGAAUAUCAAGUUGGGAAGGAAAAGUCAACAGCUAUCGCGAUUUCGCUGAUUAUAUUAUUCCAAGAAUACGUGCGCAAGGAUAUAAUACGAUACAAUUGAUGGCUGUUAUGGAGCAUGUAUAUUAUGCAAGCUUUGGUUACCAAGUAACGAGUUUCUUCGCUCCAGCUAGUCGUUCUGGAACGCCUUGUGAUCUAAAAUAUUUAGUCGAUAAGGCCCAUGAAAAAGGUAUUUUUAUUCUUCUGGAUAUAGUACAUUCACAUGCAUCGAAAAAUGUCGAUGAUGGUUUGAAUGAAUGGGAUGGUACACAAGGUUGUUAUUUUCAUGACAAUUCUCGAGGUUAUCAUUCGUUGUGGGAUUCCAGAUUAUUUGAUUACACUCAAAUCGAAACAUUACGUUUUUUGUUGUCAAAUCUGCGUUGGUGGAUCGAAGAGUAUGGUUUUGAUGGUUUCCGUUUUGAUGGAGUGACUUCAAUGUUAUAUCACUCUCAUGGAAUUGCUGAUUCUUUAAGUGGAGGAUAUGACAUGUAUUUUGGACUAAAUGUUGAUACAGAUUCUCUUGUCUACCUUAUGCUUGCGAAUUCAUUUCUUCAUCGUAAAUAUCCUGAUAUUGUCACAAUCGCAGAGGAAGUAAGUGGAAUGCCUGCUUUAUGCCGACCAGUCGAAGAAGGAGGUCAAGGAUUUGAUUUUCGUUUAGCUAUGGCUUUACCUGACAUGUGGAUUAAAAUUUUGAAGCACAAAUCAGAUGAAGAAUGGAACAUGAACGAUAUUGUUUUCACACUCGAAAAUCGCAGAUAUGGCGAAAAAAGUGUAGCAUAUGCUGAAUCUCAUGAUCAAGCUCUUGUUGGCGAUAAAACUAUCGCAUUUUGGCUUAUGGACAAAGAGAUGUACGAUUUUAUGUCAACGAAAACUCCACUGACUCCUAUAAUUGAACGCGGAAUAGCUCUUCAUAAACUUAUACGUUUAAUAACUUAUGGACUUGGCGGAGAAGCUUGGCUUAAUUUUAUGGGGAAUGAAUUCGGGCAUCCGGAAUGGUUGGAUUUUCCCAGACAUGGAAACAAUGAGUCAUUUCAUUACUGCAGGCGGCAAUGGAAUCUCGUAGACGAUGAACUUCUUCGAUAUAAAUAUCUGAAUAAUUGGGACAAAGCAAUGAAUGCUGUUGAAGAGAAAUAUAAGUUCUUGUCGCAAGGACCUGCAUACGUUUCGUGGAAACAUGAAGGCGAUAAAGUUAUAGCAUUUGAACGAGCUGGACUGCUUUUUGUUUUCAAUUUUCAUACUCAUAAAAGUUUUGCAGAUUACAAAAUUGGUGUCAAUAUAGCUGGAAUGUAUCGUUUGGUGCUAAACAGUGAUGAAGUACUCUUUGGUGGGAUUAAUCGAAUCGAUUCAGCUCAAGCAUUUCCUACAUUUCCAGAAGGUUACGCUGGUCGUCGGAAUCACCUUUGUGUUUAUAUACCAUGUAGAACAGCAAUAGUUUUAGCUCUAAAAGAGUGA